AUGGUGAAAACUCUUUCUGUCAUUGUUGUCGGCGGUGGACUCGGUGGUUUGGCUACUGCCAUUGCAUUAAAGCGAGCUGGUCAUAAGGUCACUGUCUUGGAGGGCGCUAAGCAACUCAGUGAAGUGGGUGCAGGUAUUCAGGUGCCUCCUAAUACCUCUCGUAUCCUGGAUGCUUGGGGUUUGCUGGAUCGAUUCAAGACCAAGGUGGUUUGGCCCGGAAACAUCAACAUGAGAAGAUAUUCUACAGGUGAAAUUAUUGGUAGCACUCCCUUGAAGCCCAAGAUGGUUGAACGUUACGGCUAUCCGUACCUCCUCAUUCAUCGUGCUGAUUACCUGCAACUAUUGUACGAUCACUCAAUUGAGCUUGGUAUUGAGGUUGUGUUGGGUGCUCGCGUAGACUCUGUAGAUGAUGGUGCUGUUGCUGUUAGAUUGUCUAACGGCAGUGUCUACACGGGCGAUCUGAUUAUCGGUGCUGAUGGUAUCCGUUCCAACGUGCGUGCUGCUGUCAUUCCUGACGAAACCAUUCUUCCCAAGAAAUCUACGAAUUGUGCUUACCGCGCCACUGUCCCUGUCAAAGUCAUGCGUUCUGAUCCAGAGAUUGCUCAUUUGAUGGACGAUCUCAACUCCAACUGCUGGAUCGGCUAUCGUCGCCAUAUCAUGGCUUAUCCUAUGCGAGGUGGAGAGCUAUACAACCUUGUCAUGUCUCAUCCUGGUGAAGCCGCUGUUGGUAAAUGGAACGAGCCCGGCAAUUUGGAAGAAAUGAAGUACCACUAUCGCAACUUUGACCCUGUCAUUCGAAAAGUGCUUACGCAUGUCACUGGUUGUUUGAAAUGGACGUUGGCUGAUCUCCCUGUAUUGAGCCAUUGGGUAAGCCCUAGUGGCAGAGUUGUAUUGGUUGGCGAUGCCGCUCAUGCCAUGCUCCCUUAUCUUGCUCAAGGCGCUGCCCAAGCCAUUGAAGAUGGUGCUACAUUGGGUGUCUUGUUCUCUCAAAUCGAAUCCGUAGAUGAAAUUCCUGAUCUUUUAAAGCUGUAUGAAAAGAUUCGUAGACCACGUGCUGAAAAGAUCCAAAAGGGUGCUCUUGACAAUGGUGAUAUUUGGCACAUGCCUGAUGGAGAUGACCAAAUUGCUCGUGAUAAAGCCAUGAAAAUUGUCGUUUCUGAUGAUACGGUGCAGAAGGUACAUGUAAAGAACCCUAAUCAGUGGUCUGACGGUGACUUCCAACCUUGGCUGUUUGGACAUGAUGCUAUUCAAGUGGCAAAGAAGGCGUUGAGCGAUAAACAGAAUGGCUAUACUAGCAGUAGUUUAGAAGAGAGGGCAAGUCUAUAA